AGAGAGAGCGAAGAUCACCGUCAGCCAGCCCAUAACCAGCAGUUGUCUAAAAUUGUUCUCCGCCGCUGACUUAUUUACCAACCAUUUAAGAAGCAAUUAUUUUUAAUCGAAAGUUGACAGUGCUAAUUGAAAGUGAAGUAACUGAGCAGCGAUGGUCGUCAAGGUUUACAUAUCGGGGAUUAGCGGAAAUAAGGAAGUCAAAAAAAGGCAACAGCGAGUGCUGAUGAUCCUGGAAAGUAAAAAUGUACCUUACGAAGUGACAGAUAUCACGGAACCCGGAAAGGAAGCCGAAAAAGAAUUUAUGCAGACCAAUAGUAACGCCAGAGAUAGUAAACAUCCAUUACCACCCCAAUUAUUUAAUGACGACGAAUAUUGCGGGGAUUACGAUGAAUUUGAUUUGGCGAAUGAAAUUGAUGAAUUAGAAAAAUUUCUAAAAGUUACACCUGCAAUCAGCACUGCAGAAAUUACACUUGGGAGCAAAUCUCCACCUAAAGAACUUCAGCAGAAUGGAAACACAUCUAGCCGAGAACCUUCUAUAGAAAAAGCUGCCGCAACGACUGAACCCGAAAGCACUGCUGAAAGGCGACCUUCAACAGUUGAAGAGCCUGAAGCAAAUGAACUUGAGGUACCGGAAAACGAGACAGCUGUUUCGAACGAAUCACUAGAAGAGCCGAAACCGAGCGAAGAGGAAACGAAAGACACGAAUGAAGAAAAUACCGAAUCCGCCGAUGAUGCGGCUGAUAAAAAUGAAGAAAAGUCCGAUGAUCAGGCGAAGGAAGAAUAAAUAUUUCGAGGGCAAAGUCCGAUAUAAAUUAAUAGCUUAUGAAAAGAAUUUUUUAAACAUCGUUUAUUUUUGUCAUGGACUCUUUGUUGCUAGAUGCUUAUAUGAUUAAUGCUUAUGAAGCAGGUAAGGCCAAAGGAAUUACUACUGCCAAGUUUAUGCAUAAAUGAGCGGAAGAAUGGAGCUUAAAAGGUAAUUAAAAGUCAUUAUUUGGGUACCGACUGUUGAAAUUAGCUGUAAGUUCUUCCUUUUUUUGUUCAAAUAUGUCGAUUUAGAAACUAUGCGAAUCGCUUGAGAAAUAUUUGCGGUAAAAUCCUUAUUUCAUCGAACUUUUUUUUCGCGCUUUCUCCGAUUUUAUAUUCGGAAAUAGAUCCAGAGAUAUGAGUAACCCAGAAUUUAUACAAUUUGAAACUCUCUGAGUCGAAACGAUGACGAAGAGUGCAUAACACACGCUACUUUAAUAUCAACAUUUAAUCUUAUUGUUUCGCUUCAGCAUGGCUCAUUUUUGGUAAAGUUAACUACAUUUUGGCCAAUUUAUUUGGAACUGGAAGAAUUCUUUACCUGGUUAUGGUUGGAAUAUAGUUAUUGUUUUCACUCGCGCUACGUCAAUGAUAAAACUUUAUUGGGUUUUGGAAUGACAUAUUUUUUUGUAGCCAUCUACCAUUGAGAGUUGCUUCCAGUAGAGUAAUUAUGAAUUAGCCAAACAGUUUUAUUACACUAUGUCAUGAUUAUUUGCGACAUGAACCUUUCAUGCAUAUACGCUCACUAUAAUUAUAGUUAAACGGAAUAUUGAUAUUGUUAAUGAAAACAGGCAUUACAUUUAUUUUCGAACAACCGGAUAUAAUAAUCAUUGCAUGAAUGAAGGCAUACCACUAUAUGGUGCUAUCGCUGGUAUAAUAUCAUUGAUUUCUCAUAUGAAGUAUCAUGCAAUCCGCGUAAAAAAUUGUCUAGCUUUUGCAUAUUGAUAUUUUGAGAAUUAUAUUUAUUUUGAAUUUUUUGAAUUGUAUACAAUUAGAAAUCUUCGCAUCUUCGUUUUCAAACAUCGAGUUAGAGUGUAGCUUUAGUACUUCUUUACAAAAGUGACAUAGUAAUUUAAUUGUAGUAAUCUUUUACAUAAUGUAUAAUAAUAGCAUUUUGAUAUUAAUUCAAAAUGUAUUUUAAGGCCUAUUUCACAAUUUUCAUAACGUUAUUCACAUAAGUGUAUGGCCAUCAAGACAUUUCCUUCAUUACGUUAUUCAUAGAAUUAAUUGUUUCAACUGCAAGUUAUAGUUACGAUAUUAAUUGAUUUCAAUUAUCUCCUUUUAUGCCAGGUGUUUUUUUCCUACUUUUGCAUCCCACUCAUGCCUUUAUUUAUAUAUUUUUUUUUUUUUUUUUUGUUAGCAUAUCGUCUGGCUUGUGCAAUACAUUUAAAUGUAUCCAGAUCCUAUGAUAAAUACUGAAAAUUUGUGAAAUGCAUAUCGUGUUCCAAAGAAAGGCGUAGAGUUUGUAAAAAAUAUAUUGGUAACACACAUUUGAUAUGUUUUAUCUGUUAUGGGGAUUACUGUUAUUCGCACGUGUAUUAUUUGAAUAAUUUGUACAUCAAUUGAACAGUUUCAAAAAAUCGUUAGCGUAUAUCCCAAAGGUUUAUUACUUAUUGAUAGAUGAAAUUUCGGAAUUGUUCACCCAAAAUAUACUUUCAAGGCCACGUUCAUAUUUCAUAUACCUGAUAAGUUAUGAAGUGCAGAAAUUAAUAUUACAUGUUAUUUAUUAAAUAUCUAAAUAUCCUGUCAAAAAUUCAAGUGGUUGUUUAAUCCAUAAUCUUAAUAAAAUAUAAAAUUUUUUAAACUUUUUUUUUCAUUUAUCUAUACGACUAUGUUUACUUCUACUUGUUAGUCUUAUCAGCGCGAGAUAUACAUUUAGUUUCGCACCCUUGAAAUCCGUGUGAAUAACGCGACAAAAUAAGCUACAGCCAAAUUCUCGCAAUAAUGUACCAUCUAAACUAUUUGUUUUGUGUGUAAAUUAUAAAAGGGCAAUAUCGGAUGUAUCAAAGAGAAUCUUCAAACAUUUUUCUUUGGUGCGCUUGAAGGGCCUGCAGCCACACCAUGAUAUGCGCAUCCUGAAAACAAUAAUUGUGAACUCGUUUUUGACAAUUUCCGAAUACAUUUUCUACCAUGGUUCAAGUAUUGCACAUAAUUAUUCUUCUACCUCAAUAAUUGUGCACUGGAACUUACUACAUUUCUCCUAUCUAAUAAUAUUACUUAUUUCUCAAGAAGAUGCCUAAAUUUUGUAUGGCAAUCGCAUUGAAAUGGUUGUUCUGAAACGAAAAUUUAUUACUCAUGGAAAAAAAAGUUCUGAAAAUGGAAAAAAAUUCUGCUAAUUCGAAUGAAAUACAACGAUUAAAAUAUCUUCAUGAAUAUCAUAUGCCUAUACAUCUAAGUAUUUCGCUAUUUUCUUUUUUUGUCGUACUUAUGUUUUUAUUAUAAAUCAUUCACAAUAAAUUCUAUUCGCUUAUA